AUUCACCUGGUCAAAAAGCACUGAUUGAUCGACUUCUAAUCUUCAGAUGGACUUGCAAUCGCACGCUUCAUUUUGUGCACCCUAGUAUCCUAUCGAUCCUAGACAGGUUGUCAGACGCGAUUUAGGCCUACGAUGCAAACAUGAUGCCAGUACAGAAUACUCGAUCGUACAGGACCACAUAUGGCUUUGACGAUAUGAGCGAUUCAAAUGAUCCGAAUGACGAGACGUACCUCGCCUCACACACCGCUGACGAGCGCACACUUGCGUGGGCCUACCAAUCAGACUCAUUGCCAUCAGAAGAGAUCGCUGCCUACAUCUGGCCGCCUUCAGUCUAUGAAGCAGCACAGAAUGUCCACCUAGCGUCUCUGCCACCAAGGUAUCCUCACCUUCCUAUCGAUCAUCGCACGAUGUCUGUAGGGGAGUCCUGGCAGCCAUCGCUUGCGGCAACCUCCUGUUAUUCAGACCGGAGGCGGUAUCUCGAGCAGCAGCAGGUGAACAGCAUGAACGGACCGGACGGCAGAUAUCUUUCAACAUGGAACUCUACGGAUUUGGAUCCAGACUCAACGACAGGGAACCUAACACCUCCAGCUUCUGAUACCGCCAACGAUAAGGAGGAUAAUAGCUCAAACAUAGCCAAUGACAAGUCGAGUCUGCGCUGUUCUAUCUGCGUGGAUAAGCCGCCAUUCACUGGUCAAUACGCACAGAGAAACCUGAAUCGUCAUAUGGCCAGACACGAACCCUGCCUGGGACAGAGAAGCAACAGACAUAUCCGUUGCGAACAACCAGGAUGCACAUCGACAUUUGGGCGUGAAGACGCACUGCUCGUCCACCUCCGGCGAAGCCAUCCGGAGCUGAAUACCCCACCGGCAAGGAAGCGGAAAAGGUGAUGCCAGAUCUUGGAUGCAGCUUGCAUCUGUUUCGGAAUUCCGGAUAUCGUUGCUAAAGAGCCUUUUUGCGGGUUGAUGAGUUGCGUGCUCAGGCGUUUCUUUGGUGUUCGGUCUUCGCUUCAUGUACAAGAAAAGGCAAAAGAUUUGCGUGCUCUUAGGCCUUGCACGCUGAUUGAUCACUUGUACUACUACUCUGUAAUCCCAUGAUGUCAAAACAAAGUUAGCGUAACGUUGCCUCUCGAUCAUCAAUUGCUGCUGCAUCGAAGCUACGUGCUAACGACCCGGGGCUCAAUCACCCGAAGAGCCCUAGGUAAUGUCGUCUAUUCGACAG